CCCUGUUGACGUUGACAUUUCGACUUCAGUAAGAAACAGUAUACACAAGGAAGAAGGAAAAUAAUUUACUGUUGUAAAACUUUGGUGUUUAGUUUUCCAAUACUCAGUUUUAUUUGGAAAAAUGCAUAUUUAUUUCACUAUUUUACUUCGAUACAAGUUAUUAUUUGAUUUGUGUUAGGAACAGUGGUAAAUGUGUUAUAAAUUGAGGUUGUUCCUCAUACUUUACCUUCUAUAAGUGGAACAAUAUUCUGUUAAAUAUGCUAUCCUCAAGGAAUAUACCGAAGACUAUUAUUUUGAGAUCACCAGAUUCUGAUAAAGUUAGGGAAGUGAUAGUGACUUCGGUGUUGUUGCCGAAGUCAGAAAACGAAAUUAAUAGGACUGCUACCAAGUAUUUUGGAAACAGUGAAGACUUUGCCCUAAACGUAGGUGUAGUGAUGGAGAAGAGGGUGUGUAAGAGAAGAUUAGAUCAUUUGAGCAUCGAAGAGAAAAUUCUGAGAAAAAAACUUAAAAACCGAGAAGCCGCACAAACAUCAAGAGACAGGAAAAAAGCUCGCCUAGAAGAACUGGAAGCUUCCGUAGUACAACUUCAGAAUGAGAAUGAGGUGCUGCACGAGGAAGUACGUAGCUUGAAGGACGACAAGGAGAGCCUGCUGCGUGAGAACGCGCGGUUGACGGAGGAGGUGUGGCGGUUGAGUGUUGUGGGCGGCGGCGACGGACCCGCAGUGUCUCGCCCUCUGCCGCAGGGAGCCAGUCCGCCCCCAGCACUCCCACCCACCCCCCACCCCAGCCCCCGCUCUCUCCUGCUGCUCUCCCUCCUUGCCAUGAUCCUCUCGCACUGGACGAUUGGGACUGGCUCGACCAGGUUCCCAUCACUCCCGUUGUUGAAGAACUUGAACAGCUUGCCAGUUCACUCUUUGCUGAAGCUCAUCGUUCUCAAGAAGCAGAAUCAUCGGAAGAAAGUUUGGUGGGGUCGCCGACAAAGAGCUUGGAACCCUGUUGGCCCUGCCUAGCUGGGGAGGCAAAGAGUUCUACAACUACAACCAUUAAGGCUAAAGUGACAAAUUCAGAGAAGACAUCGAUUUCUCAGAAGAAGAGGAUCCCCUUGACUCUUGAAAAGCUGGACUUACAGAAAGCUCAAAGCUCAAACGGACAAAGUCUUGAAACACCUGUUGUAUCAGUGGAAAUGUCACCGUUAGAAAAUACACAAUCGUCAGCUGUUAACAAAAUUAAAGUUUGUACUCCCAACGAUAAA